AUGAAGGAUUGGAAUCUGAGGAUUUUUGGUAAUGUGAAUUCUCGUUUGAAGCAAGACCAACUUCGUUUUGAGACAACAGCUCUUAUUUCAGAUGAGGAUCCUAGUAAUAUUGCUAAUCUAAAUGCAAUGAAGGAUGCUAUGAAAACUUUAUGUGAUACUCGUUUGCAACAGUUAACUAUGCUCAAGCAAAAGUCUAGGAACAAAUGGUUGGUGGAGGGUUCAAGUAAUUCCAGUUUCUUUCAUAAUAGUAUUCGAAUUAGAAAAAGUUCUAAUACUAUUUCGGAACUUGUUGAUUUGGAUGGGACUUGUUUGAAAAAUUAUGAGCAGCUACGUAAUCAUGUAGUUCAGUUCUAUGAAGAUAAGUUCAAUGGCCAAGAUCCGGUGAUAGAAGGUGAUUUAUUUGAUUUUGAGCAUGCUUCAAUUUCUAUUGAGGAGAGCAACGCCAUGGAUAUAAUUCCUUCCCCGGAAGAAAUUAAGCAAGUUGUUUUUGAUCUGAGUGCGGAUAGUGCCCCAGGGCAUGAUGGUUUCUCUGGUUGUUUCUAUCGUCAUUGUUGGGAUAUUAUUCAUGAUGAUUUAACCAAGGCCAUUAUUCAUUGUUGGAAUGCGGGUAGUAUUCCAAAUGGUGUUAAUUCAUCUUUUAUCAUCUUGCUGGCUAAGGUAAGGGGUGCUAAUACUCUUCGAAAUUUCAGACCAAUUGGCCUUAGUAAUUUUUUCUUCAAAAUUUUCACUAAGAUCCUAGCUACUAGACUUGGUAUAGUUUUGGAUAAGCUUGUGUCUGAAGAACAGGAUGACAACAUUGGCCUUAAACUUGAUAUUUCUCAAGCUUUUGACACGGUAAAUUGGGCUUUUGUGCUUGAAGUUUUCUGUAAGUAUGGUUUUUCUGAAAAUUGGUGUGCUUGGAUUUUUAAUAUCUUGCAAUCUGCUAGAAUUUCUGUCAUUUUGAAUGGUAGUCCGGAAGGUUACUUCAAAAUUAACAGAGGUUUGCGUCAAGGUGAUCCCCUCUCCCCUUUGAUUUUUGUCUUGAUUGAGGAUGUUCUUAGCAGAAAUAUUACGAAGCUUUUUCGUGAUAAAAAGAUGACGCCUAUGGUAACUAGAGGUGGUAUUUCUCCUACUCACCUUUUCUUUGCUGAUGACAUAAUGAUCUUUUGUAAAGGUAAUUCCAAAAGUCUUCAUAAUCUUGUAGACUUGUUAGGAAGUUAUCAGCGUGCUUCAGGUCAGACUGUUUGUCGUCAAAAGAGUAUUGUUCGAUAUUGCCAUAUUAGCAAUGUUGUUGAAAAGAUUAAAAAUCAGCUUGCUGAUUGGAGAGGGAGGUUAUUAUCUUUUCAUGAUCGCAUUGUUAUUGUUAAAUCAAUUAUUGCCAGUUAUUACAUUCAUAAUAUGCCUAUUUAUAAGUGGCCUCGUAAGUUUAUUCUUCAAUGUGAGAGGGCUAUCCGUAAUUUUAUUUGGUCUGGUGAUUCGAACAUUAACCGUGUAGUGGUAGUGGAUUUUGAUAAAAUCUGUUGCCCUUUUGAGGAGGGGGGUCUCGGACUAACUCGUAUGGCCACUAUGAACAAAGCUCUUAUUAUGAAACUUUGGUGGAAGAUUCGUAAUUCUACAAAGAAGUUGGCUCUUUUCCUGAAGAAUACUAAGGUCUUAAUUGGUGAUGGUAGAGAUACUUCUCUUUAUUAUGACAUUUGGUUUGAUAAGACUAGUAUUGCUGAAGUGAUAAAUGAUUAUUCUCUCGAUGCAACAGCUAGAGUAAGUGAUAUUUUAAAGGUUGGCCUUUGGGAUAUUCCUGAAAUUCACUUGCAAUACUUGAUUGCUGCUGGUCUAGAGUUGAAUAGGUUGUCAAUUCCUAUGGGUGGAGCUAAUGUUAGGGUAUGGAUGCUGGAGUUGAAGGGUGAGUUCAGUGUUAAGUCUGCAACUGAGUUGCUUCGGCAGAAGUAUUCUCGGUUAGAAGGUACGCAGCUUCUGUGGAGUCCUGUUCUUGCUGCUCAGAACUGGAAAUUCUUACGAGGAGCUUCUGAUGUGUUCAAGUUACAACCUAAUGCUAACCUUAUUGUUUCUUUUAAAGCAGCAAAAGGAAGGAGUCAUAUUGUCCGUGAUCUGUGGCUUAUUGCCAACCUUGUUCUUAGGUCGGAGCUAUGGAAGUUGCGGAACAAGCCUGUUUUCGAGCAUAAAAAGCCUAAUUGGAGUAUCUUUCAUAAGCGCGUUCUGAAGUUGAUACAAGUUUAUUCAAUUCGGCUCAAGGGUCAUAUGAACAAUAGUGCUGAUGAUGUUGUUCUUCUGAACUAUUUUAGAGUUCAGCACCGUAGUGUGAAGUUGCAUCAUCCCGUGGCUUGUUUUUGGUUACUGCCUGAGGCUAAUGAAUUACAAAUUUGUUGUGAUGGAUCAGCGAGAGGUAACCCAGGCGUUGCGGGUGCAGGUGUAGUAUCUAGGGAUGAGCAUUGUUCAGUUCUUGGUGCUAUGAGUAUUGGGCUAGGAGUCACGACGAAUUAUUUAGCAGAAUUGUAUGGCAUUAUUGUUCGUUUGGAGUGGGCUAUGCAAUGGGGCUUUUCUUGUAUUUGUAUACGGUCUGAUUCUAUGGGAGUUGUUGAAGAUUUCAAGAAUGACUCAAUUCCUUGGUUUGCAAGGAAUAGAUGGAUUAUGAUCUGUAGACACUAUACGUCUAUACGUUUCAUUCACACUUUUAGAGAGGUGAAUUUUUCAGCUGAUGCAAUGUCAAAGCGGGGUUGUUUAUUGAGAAUGAAGUGGGAGUUCACUACAAUGGGAAACCACCUUUCUUAA